UGCUUUCAACACCCAGAGCGAGUGAGGCAAGGCCAGGUCAGCCCCUACCAAGGUUGUCUCCUCACCCUCGGGGCACACGGUAGGGAAAGCAGCUGAGGACCGAGAGGAGCAUCUGCCACUUCUGCAAGGUCUCCUCCAGAUCGUCAUCCCCAGGGGCAGAGAUCCUCAAGGGAAGACUCCAUCCCUUGAAUCCGUCAUGGGAGGAUGCUAGCAGGCUGUGGGCCAGGAACUCACAGAAAUUAUAAACUGUCUGUGAAGAAGGAAUCAGUCCACCUGAAGAGUGUGUUAAAGAGAAAAGUAAAGCGAAUCAAGACAUGGAGCUGCCGCAAGGGGACGAAAUGGAGGGAGGGGACGAAGAAGAGAAGAAAAUCAGGCCUCAGCCUCAAAGCAAAAUGAAGGACCGGCUAGAAGAGCUUGUGGAGUUGUCCAAGCGCUAUGACCAGCAGUUCCCAGAUGGGGACGAUGACCUGGACUCGCCCCACGAGGAUAUCGUGUUCGAGACGGACCACAUCCUGGAGUCCUUGUACCGGGACAUCCAGGACAUUCAGGACGAAAACCAGCUGCUGAUGGCCGACGUGAAGCGGCUGGGAAAGCAGAACACCCGCUUCCUCACGUCCAUGCGGCGCCUCAGCAGCAUCAAGCGCGACACCAACUCCAUCGCCAAGGCCAUCAAGGCGCGGGGCGAGGGCAUCCACCGCAGGCUGCGCGCCGUGCGCGAGCUGAGCGAGGCGGCCGAGGCCCAGCACGGGCCGCACUCGGCGGCGGCGCGCAUCGCGCGCGCGCAGCACAACGCGCUCACCCUCGCCUUCCAGCGCGCCAUGCACGAGUACAACCUGGCCGAGAUGAAGCAGCGCGACAACUGCAAGAUCCGCAUCCAGCGCCAGCUGGAGAUCAUGGGCAAGGACGUCUCGGGCGACCAGAUCGAGGACAUGUUCGAGCAGGGCAAGUGGGACGUGUUCUCCGAGAACCUGCUGGCCGACGUGAAGGGCGCGCGGGCGGCGCUCAACGAGAUCGAGAGCCGCCACCGCGAGCUGCAGAGACUGGAGAGCCGCAUCCGCGACGUGCACGAGCUCUUCCUGCAGAUGGCCGUGCAGGUGGAGAUGCAGGCCGACACCCUGAACGUCAUCGAGCUCAACGUGCAGCAGACUGUCGACUACACCGGCCAGGCCAAGGCGCAGGUGCGCAAGGCCGUGCAGUACAAGAAGAAGAACCCCUGCCGAACCCUCUGCUGCUGCUGCUGCCCCUGCCUCAACUAGUCCGGAGUUCUCCUAGCAGCCUCUGCCCCAGCCGCCGCCCAGCCCCGAAUGGGACCGCCCGGGAAGCCCGCUGGAAAAGCCCCCCGGAGCCGGGCCUCUGCCCUGGGGGAGUCGCCCCAACUCCUUAGGGAACUCGGUCUUUAGGGAAAGAGGAAACAUGAGGUUCAAGAACUCCAACCCAGCUGGUGCUUGGAAAGAUAGCUGAUACCUUCCAGUGGUUCUUUAGUAAAGACGGAUUGCUACUAAAGUUGUGUGAAGUCACGACAGGCACAUUGUACUCUUACCCUCGCCACGAGAGCCAAAUAAGGAACUGACGGUCAAAUGCCCAAGGCAUGCCUCCUUAAAGCCUCAAGGAGGAAAGCACUUUUGCAUCGGCAUAACAGCAUGAACUCAUUAUCAAAACUUCAAUUUGUUUACCCUGUCCUGAAAGUUCCUUGAUUCGGUUCAAAUUGGAGUGAAAUUGACCUCGGAAAAACCUUUACGUCCUUUCUUUCUGAUUCUUCAUAUAGCUUAUGGCUGCUAUGUGAUUCCUCCCAAAUGUAGACCUUCUCUCUGCUCACCUCCCCUACUUAUUAAAUCACAUUGAACACUUUCUAUUUUCUUACCUCUUUCACUUUAAAUAUCUUUCAGCAGAUUAUAUUUUGGGAUUAUUUUUCCAAAUAUUUUUAAGCACUGAAUAUUGAACAAGCACUCAAAUUGAAGUAUGUAUCAGUCACAUUUUACGUAUUUUUCACAGUUAAAAUUAUUUUAAAUUUAUCUUUUUUACUUGAUUACAUAUGCAUAUGUAUGUAAAUGUAAAAUACUAAUGUUCACUAAGCUGUGUACAUAAUGAACAAUCAGUUUACUUUUGUAAAUAUGGCACAUAAAUAGCAAGCAAAACACUUUUUCUGGCUCUUGGUUUGCUUGUUUUGAGUUUUUCUCACUGCAGUCUGCAUCUCCAUAGUCCAGUUUGGGUCAAAACUUUAUUUUGAACAACCCUGUGUCGGUUAUGGCAGUAAAGAUAGGUUUUGAAGGCUGAAAAA